AGUGUUACGCACCGCAUGUGGACUUGAGGGGAGUUUUGUGUCAUAACUUUCGAGCGCACCCUAUAAGUAUAGAGUCAUUACCGUGCAUGUCGUGCAAUGCACUCCGUUAGUGAGUAGUUAUCUUUCUGACGGUCUGUGGCUGGUCAUGGGCUGGUCCACGAGCGCUGUAAGAUGUAAGAGCCUGGUUCUGGUGAACAUUAAAGCUAAUUAUGUGAUGGAGCUGGCUCGGUUUCAGACUCUGAUUAAAACUAACCCUAGCCGCCGGCUGUACCGCGCCGCCAGGAGAGGGAAAGUGGCCCAGAACUUGGCGGCGGACGGCGGCGGAUGGCGGCGGCGGCGGCGGCGGCGGCGGCGGCGGCGAGCAUUCUGUCCGCAGACACGACGCAGAGAGGCUGUGCUAGGAGACGCGGACAGAUCCAGUAGACGGGGGAGAGUGCAGAGCUGGCGGACAGGCGUUCGUUCCAACCACGCGUCGAGCGAGAGAGCGAUACAGUGACACCGAGACAGCGACUACGGCGUACGGAGAGACAGGACAGGACAGGAAGGAGUAGAGAGGACUCGAGGGACAGCCGUCGAGACUUGUUCUCCGCGGCGCAGUUGUAUUCCCCGGUUCGCUGCCUUAGUUUCUGGUUGCGGAGGAAGGAUUUAAGGCAGGUGAACUGCCUCGCUAUCUCCUGGAGCUGUGAAUUUCUGCUCUGUUAGUUGUUACCGCUCGGAGAGUCUGAGCGGCCUGUGAUCAGUGGAUUCCUCGGACCAGUCUAUCUACUGUCGGAGGAGCACCUACGGGGUGUCAUUCUGACAUUCCACCAACGCCGCCUUCCUGGAGACAUCUUGUUACUUCUCCCAGCAAGAUGCGCGCAGCUCUGUUCCUGCUGGCUGUGUCAGCCCUGGUACUCGCGGCGGUGGCUGACAGGACCUCAGCGGGGAGCGGCGCCCCUAUCAGACACCGAGGCAGGGCCCUGCUGGGCAGGAGACGCAGUUCGCCGGUGCUGCGCAGGAUGUUUCGCUCGCCGACCGUACAGCGCUGGUACAUCCGGCCGCUCCCGGCAGAUGGCACUGAGAGCGCUCAGCUACCCAACACCAUCAUCCUGAAGCGCGUCUCUGCCACCGAGUCCGGCCCGCUGCUGCUGCCGCUGGCUCACGGCUCAGCUCAGCUCGGCGUGGCUCAGCCCUCGGCUCAGCUCGUGGCUCAGCGGUCAGAUCAGCUCCCUGUGCAGCUGAGUCGUUCCGACACAGCCAGCGCGACACCAGCGCCCCUGGCGGUGAACCGGCAAGGCAGGCGGCCGGCGCAGCGGCCCUGGAGCCUGCUGGCGUCCCGCCGGCGGCAGUCAGGCGCCACCUGGGUGUACCCCUCAGCGGAGCCGUCGCUGGCGCCCGCAGGACACUGGGAGGGGCCCUCCGCCCAGUCGGAUUUCUUCUUCGAGCCGUUUUACGAGCGGUCUGACCGAGCUGCGAGCCGCGCGAGGAAGACCCCGCCCCGCCGACGGGCGCCGGCCGCGCGCAGGUACCAGAAACCCGCCGCGUCUCACUUCGCGCACCACCGCCGGGCGUCCCACUCCGGUCCCCACACCAGCGUCAGUGUGGGUACCUCCGUGCUCUACCCGGGAACGGUGAUCUCUGACGUCAGCCGGAGCACAGAUGACGUCAUUUAUGACGCCGCGGUGGACCCGCAGCAGUCUGCCAGCAGGAUGACGCCUGGCGUGGGAUUCCGACUGCCGCCAAACAGCGUGGAGUACGGGGGAUGGAAGCCGGUGUCGGCGUGAGUCUGAACUCGUGGUGUCGCAUUUAAAUGGGUGGUGAUGUGUUCGAGCUCAGGGUAAAUUCAGUAAACAUUGGACGGGGGGAGGCGAGUGAAUGUCAGAUAUCAGACUUUAUCUGCGAUACGCAACAUACGCGUAUCGCGUAUGUUGCGUACGAUACGCACCUGUGGAUGACUGUAGUCUCAGUGCAGCAUAUGUUUGAGCCGCCGAUAGCGCGUUAGUUCGCUCGGGCCAGUGAUCUGUCUGAAUUAGCUGUUUUAGGAUAUGCUCAAAGUGCGGCAACUCCAGGUGAAAGCCCGUGAGAUCCAGCCGUGAGUUAGGCGGUGAUGACAGGAAUUUUACACACCUCACGCCCGAGUUAAACCGCUGAACGAUUGACGAUGGCGAGUUGUGUUGUGGGUUUCACAGUGACGCAGCUGAAACGAACAAAAUGGGACGCGCAUUCACGAUUGAUUGACCCGCGUAACACUAACGGUUUGAAGUCAGUUUUGAGAAAGAAAGAGGACAGCUUUUUGUUUUGCUGUUGAUUCUGUCAGAGUCACAAAGUGUUAUCGCUUGUCUGUACAGCACAGCGCUCGUUGCCAAUACAUGUUUUAAACCCCCA